CAGCUUUCAUGCUUUGUCUGUAAGACAUGAGUCUCAAAUGUGGUGCAACGUGUGUACGAUGGGUGGUAUUCUUUGGACUUUUCAUACCAACAUUUGGACAGAGGCGCUGCACCAAGGGCUGCAGUGAUGUGAUGGUCGCUGCAUCUCUGGGGUCCACCGCAACGCUCCCCUGUAGCUUCGACGAGAACUCCACUGGCCCCGUACUCUGGAGCAAAGGAGAGGACCUCGUCCGCAUCACCGACCCCCAGCGGGUGGUGUUCCUCAGCCACAAGAUGGGCAGAGUGGUGGUCUUCCCCAACUUGUCCCUGAGGGGAAACUUCUCCAUCAUCCUAAACCGCCUCCAGAGUCCGGAUAUGGGACAGUACUGCUGCGAGCGUGGACGGCUGUGCAGAACAGUUCACAUUAAGGAGGCACCGGAGCCUACUGAAAAGACCCAUCAGGACGGAACCAGAGAUACAACAGAAGUGAAUGGCGUGAAGUACAAUAUUCCGACAGGGAUCUAUAUCAUUAUUGCAGCAACUGUGAUCUUGAUUGCAUUUAUCGUUGCCUGCUUCUGCAUGCUCAAAAAGAAAUGGAUUUGUGUACAGAAGACUGAAUACAUCAUUGAUGAUAAAGCCAACACGAGUACCACUAUCGCGACUGUCCAUAGCACUGUGGCCAGUGCUCCACCCCAUCCUCAUGGUCCACAACUCACCCAACACAACAACCUACAGGCAAGAGGAGACUCCUCAGCGAACAACCUCCAAGGGCGGCACAAGGUCAAGCGGAACAACCCUCAGCAGCAGGGAGGAAAUGCCCCGGGCCCGACUCCUCAUGCAUUAACACACUUCCAUAAAAAUAAUGAUGUACAAAGAGGAGCAGUAACAGUUCACAGAGUGGAGUCUGUUGUUUAUGAAAAUGAUAAUCAUGAUCCUGGGCGUCAGCAAUCAGGGGCAUCACAUUCUCAUUCCCAAACAGACAAUAGGUUUCCCCAGAGCCGGACUUCACAUGUAUCCCAACCAAACUACGCAAACCAAUCUGAAAUCAAUAAAUCACAACAACCUGACAAGGCGGCGCAGAAAAGAGGCGUAUCUUUUCAACUGCAAAAUCCCAUCUAUGGCAACAGCACGGAGUUUCUGAAUGACAUAAACUGAGAGAGACAUAAGACAUUUGUUUCCCAUUCAUGAAGAUGUCAAUCAGUAUUGUCUGUUGUAAAAGAAAAUGUACUUUGGUCUGUAUUUAUCAAUAAACUCAAGCAUGUACAUAUUGAAGUAAAC